GGAAACUCCACCGAUGGAAUGUGUAACAGGACUGAGGGUGCAUGUGCUCCUUUUUCAAAUGCGACAUUUGACAGCUUCCUAAGCUGUGCUGGGCUGAGGAGGAUCAACGACACACAGGAGCACAUCGACAGGCUCAAAGGAGUUAUGGAAGAGGCCUUUCAAUUCUACUCAGACUCCUUCAUGAGGUUGAGCAGGGAUCUGCAGCCCAUCCUGGAGCUGAUCAAUGGGCUCAGCUUCAACACCUCAAAGCCCAGGUUCCACGACGUCAAUUUCACCAGAGUGUGGUUCCAGCUCAAGCUCAGGCCACGCCUGGCCUCUGUCUCAGAAAGCCUCCUCUCCUGUCUCAGCACAAGCGACCUCACCUGCCAGACCUACCAGGCUCUUGUACAUGAAUUGGAUAUGAAUAUCCUGAGUAUGGACCCUCAACGCCAAAGGAUGGUCUACACGUCCUUCAUGCGCAGGUUUCUAGAGAGAAAUGAUACAGCAGGAUGCCUCAUCCAUGGGAACAGCAGUGAGCAGUGGCUGAUGCAGAACUUCAGAUCCUUCUCUACCUUGGUUGACUAUGAAGACUUCUUUGCACUGAACAUGAAUUUCAGUGGUCUAUCAGUCCUGGCACUGCUGAGCCCGGAACAGAAGGCUGAGUUGGUUCUUCACCCCGGAAAUGGAGGCCUGGUCAAUGGCACCAUCAGCCUGGUCUUCCAGAGUCUGCUUGGACCUCUAAUGAACAAUUAUCACCUGAAUCAGUCAAUGUACAAUUCAACCAUGAUGUCCAACAUGACUGCAGGCAAUGCCACAGGACCACAUGAACUUGAUAGAACUCUAAACAACUUCCUGUCAUUCCUGAGGCCCUUGGGUAGUUUCAUCAAGACCUUGGUGGGCAGCAUUCGAGCGAGAAAUGUGAGCUCGGAGAGACGGCAUGUUCUGGCCCAGGCAGUAGUGAACUGGAUCCUGGCAGAGCUAGCUGGACACUUCUCCCCCAACUUCACACUGACGAAUGAGACAGUCCCCAGCCAGACUCCCUCUCUCAGUAACUUCAGCAUCACCAGCCUUGAGGACUGGUUCCAGCAUGUGGUCCUCCCUGCCCUGAGACGCUUCCAGCCCAACAACCAGACUCAGAUCCCACACGACCUUACUGCUGUCUUCGACCAUGUCUUCUUAUUAAAUCCUCCAAUGGGUUCUAAUUCUUCAAUGUAUUCAAUGGUUGGUGCCAUGGAUGUCUGUCACAUUGGCAACAAUGAUGAUAUGUGCUCGGUAUCCCAUGCAGCAGAAAACCUGGCUGUGGUCCUGAGAUGUGUGCCCCAUUCUAACCUGAGCCUCACUGGAGAAAAUCUGAAACUAUUGGUCACAGAGCUAUCCAAGACACUGGAUAACUCAUUGACAGGACCACACCAAAUUAUGAAUGGCAGUUUGGGUUUGUGGCCAAACCUCACAGACUUGUUUGGCCAGCUUCCGACAGACAGCUUCAGUGCUGAGAACCUUGGUGAUGAGAACUUCAUCCGCUUCUGGUUCCUGAUCAGACUGCGGCCCCUCCUACCUUCAGUGUCAGAGGAGUACCUAUCCUGCCUCAGCACUAGAGACUUCAGCUGUCAAGCCUACCAAGCCCUUGUCAUGGGACUGAGUGAUCACAUCUCAUCAAUGGAUGAGAUGAGACAGAAACUGGUCUACACAUGCUUCAUUCACCCAUUCCUCUCAAAACACAGACAUUCAGAUAUGAUGGGAUGUCCUUCAAAUGGGAGUUUGGAUUCAAUUAAGAGAUAUUUUGGGAGAUUUUCAAUUUUCCCACCUCUACAGCACUUCUUUGAUUUGCACAGAAACUUUUCUGCACUGGAUGCCCUGCCAGCUCUCUCUCCAAAGCAGAUAGCAGAACUGCUGCUGAUGCCCCACACUCCACCUCCACAGAGAGAUGACAUUAUUAACAGAGUCUUUAACCACCUCCACAACGACACCAGACUCAGAGACUUCCUCCAUGACCUGCAGAUGCUAAUAAGAGGGGCUAACCUUGAGUGUUGCAACGUCGUUCCCUUUAAGUUUGGGUGCUCUGUGACCCCCCCAGUCAAUGAGAGCCACAUCUGUGCUGGAGUGAAUACCACUGAUGUGGAACACUGCAUGGCUGGCACGAAUAUGACCCAUAUGCUCUGCAACUUUACCAUCCAACAUUAUGCUUGCCUACCUCAGCGUACCCAGCUAAAACCAGAGCAACUCUCUGAGAUCCUGCAAUGCAAACUGUCAGGCAACAUGACCUAUCCCAAAGAAAUGUGGAAGUUGUUCUUCACCAAAAAUUCUGCAUUUCUUGACGAGGCUCUUCACAGGUUUUCAAACACGUCUUACCAGCCCAGCGGCCCAUCCAUCUCUCUGGUGCUAGAUGUACUUGGGGAGGUAGUAGUUGACCAGUUUAGUCAGCAUGACCUGAGAAGUCCAAACCACACCCGCAAGUGGUUCCUGGGGAAUCUCCAACCCUUCCUCCCACAAGCCUCCGGAGAGUUCCUGUCCUGUCUCAGCACCAAGAACUUCACCUGUGGGACCUACCAGAUUUUAGUGGAAGCUCUAGGUCAUCAACCAGCUAACCCUAAACCAGCUAACUCAGCUAUGGACAGACAAAGACAGCUUUUGAUCUACACUGAAUUCAUUGAGCCCUUCUUGAAGCGCAAUGACACUGAAGACCCCAACUGUGUCAACAACUCAACCAACAGCACUGACUGGCUUAAAAAGUACUUUGGGCCGUUUGUUGGUUUUGCCCCCCUAGAAGAACUCAAACGACUGCAUGGAAACUUCUCAGUGGUGGAUGUCCUGCCUAUGCUGAGCCCCAGGCAGCUGGCGGAGGUGGCCUCCACCCCUGGUCAGCUUAGAAACCCUGGAGAUGUCGACAUCAUACUGAUCCAUGUGCUUACAAGAGAUCUGGGCGAGUUCUUUGACAUCGUUUCUCCAGCUGUUGAGGGUCUUCACCUUCCGGUGGAUGUGCGCCAGGUGCUGCUCCAGCAGGUGUUUAACAAUGCCAACCUAUCAGAUCCCUCCAUCAAAGACCCUGAGGUGCUGGUGUGGUUGGGUCAGAGACUCCGCCCCCUGUUACCCAACUUGACAGAGGAGCAUGUGGCCCCCCUCUUCAACAUCGUCAGACACAGAGACUGCAACACCAGCCAAGAACCAGUGAAGUUGCUAAACUCGAUCCUACCAUCGCUGUCCAAUGGCACACAGGCUGCUGUCCAGCAUCAAAUCAUCAUGUCUCUCAGAGAAUCAACUCCACUACGUUGCUAUAGGAACAACAGCUUCUUCGUGUUCCUGAGACAAUCCUUCCUCAACUUUCCAUUCCCAAAGUUGACCAACUUCCUCUCCCUUAUUCCACCACAGCGGGAAUCUGAGCUGCUCAACACCAUGCAUCCCUCAGAGCUCGGUACCUUCCUCAGGAAGCCAGAGGUGGUGGACAACAAGACUAAGCUCUGCACAAUCUUCCGAAACUACAAAAAAACUCCUGAGUUCUUGGAAACCGAGACUCUUCCAGAUGAUGUGAAGCGUCCAGUCCUGCCCUGCGUCUGGCCUUUGGCUCUGACCACUGAUGACAAGGCUGAGGUUGACCGCUGGUUUGACAACAGGCUGAGGAACUACCUGAAGUUCCUCAACAGAGACCUGCUCCAGUCCUCUGACACACUCAACGCCUCCUGCUUACCCUUCAGGAGACUUGUAUCUGUACUGGGAAGCAACCUUACUUUCAACAGCUCAGCCAUAACUCAAGAUGAUGCGUACAACACCAUAAAGACCUACCUCAACACAGGAAGUUCAGCAGCACCCAAGUGUUAUAGUCCCACUGACCCAAAGCUCAACUCCACCGCCUGGUUCCUUAACUACAUUGGUGUGUUCAUCACCUUUGUGACCAUUGAAGACUUCAACACGUUUGGCUCAGAGUCAACGCUACAACUAUUUGCCGUGAACCCUGUCAACAUUGAGUUGUUCAAUUUCGCUGGAGCUCCUCAAAAUCUGACUAAACGCUAUACUGAGCUUAUCUUCCUGCAGAACUCCAACUUCCUCCCACUGCAGCUUCCACCACACUUACAAUGUUAUGUCCCAGCUUCCGCUUACUCUAAGCUCAAUGAGUCAGAGAGUGUGGUUGUCUUGGGCAACCUGAACCAAUCCUGUAAUAACGUGGACUCAGAGAUUUAUUCCGCACUGGCAUCGAAUAUCCAAAUUGUCAGUCUGGGAUCAAUCACGGCCCUGGGCCCGCAGGUCACAAGUCUGACCACUGGCCAGAUCACUACAGCCCCGCCCAGUGUGAUUUUACAAUCCUUGAGUACUCUGAGCAGUAUUUCUGGAUGGAACUUGGGACAGUCCUUGUCCAUCAUACAGAUUCUCAUCACCCAAAACUUCCAGAUAAACAAUCCCAACAUUCUAAUAAACCUGGGCUCUUUAGUGGGAGGUAUUCCUACCCAAACACUCACCGCAAUACCCGCGAAGCAGGUUCUAACAACAUCCGCCAACCCAACAUUUGUUACCAACAUGCUGACUGCUCCAAAAAUUGUGCAACAGAUCUAUGUUAAUAAGAUCAUCUCAGUUGACACGGCACCAACGCAACUGAUAGUCAAUGUCCCAGAUGAAAUGGCAACCGAAAUUCCCAGGAAUCUACUGAAUUUCCCAACAACUGGAAAUCAAACACUCAUUGCUCUGAACAUCAACAAGAAAAAAUGGAAACCUCAGCAGGCAGUGCUGUUCUUUGAUACAGUAGCAAAUGGAUUGGAUGAGCCUGAUGACCUUUCUGAGUAUGUUCUUCAAGGAUUCACUUGCUCUCGUGUCCAGACUUUCGCCAAAACAAAAAUUAAACGUUUCAUCAGAGCUUGCAGACGUAGGGUCGGUCGAAGAAAGGUGGUUCUCAAGGAGACACAGCUAACUUGCAUGUGGAACAACGUCAAAGAUGAAAGUCCUCAAGAUUUUGUCAACUAUCCAUCAGAUAUGUUGCUGUAUUACAGCUACACCAACAUACAACAGACCAACUGCAGAUCCUACUUCACUGAAACAGGAAGAGCAGACUUCUCCGUCCUGUCCAGCACGUUGGAUGGAAGAAAGGUUGAGCUACUGAACAAUGCCAAAAAGUGCCUGAACAUCCAAGGGACACAGCUCAGUCGAGAUCAUGUCGAGGUCCUGGGCAACAUGGCCUGUACUCUGGAUGAGAACUACAUUCAGAACUCUGACUUUUACAUCCUGGAGAAACUAAAGAACUGCAAUGACUUCUCAGAUAAGCAGAUUACAGCUAUGGAGAAUGUUAUCUGCAGUGGCAAGACCACAUAUGGAAACCCAAGUACAUGGAAUGUGGCCACUCUAGAGCAGCUUGACAUUCUUCCAUUGUACUUAAGAGAAAACUUCUGGAGACACAUCAGCACGCUAAAUAAAAGAAUGUUCCUGAAGAAAUUCAUGAAAAGACUGCGUACAAACAAGACAGAGAAGAGGAAACUGAACAAGCUGUUUAAAGCAUGCACCAUGUCUUUGCGAUCCAAACGAAGCACUGUAAAUGCAUGUCCAGACUCCCUUGGCAACAUUACUCAAGUGACCAUAAGUGAUGACGCGUUCCCCUUUGGGUAUGAGACCACCACGUUCAACCACUGUCUGAGCACCCAAGUAGUAAUGGACAAUCUGGCCAGCCUGACUGAGAAGAUAGAUGAUGAUGGCAUGCAACAGGUCAUUUUGGAGAAGCUACACCAGGCGUACCCCGAAGGUCUCUCAGACCAGCAGGUUCAGGUGCUUGGGUCGGUGUCUCGUGUGGCAUCCAUAGAGCAGAUCAACAAGUGGAACAUCACUACAGUGGACACACUGGCAGCACUGAUGGACAAUGACAAUGGAGAAUGGGACUCCGGCAAAGCCAAAGUUAUUGUCACCAAGUUCUUAAGUGCUGGCAAUUCGCUUGGUGCCUCUAAACUGAAUUCAAUUGGAGGGCUUAACCUAUGUGCACUGGACCCCAGUGUGUUGCAAGGCAUCAGAAAUGACAGUCUCAGAGAUGCAGAUGCUCUGGAAAUCACUAACUGUUCCUCAGCGCAUAAGAAGGCAUUAUUUGCAGUAGCUGAGAUCGCCUUCCCUAUCAACUUCGUCCAAACCCGCGCCACUGCAGAUCAGCUAACAUCCUACCAGCUCAUUCAGCCAUACCUGGGAGGUGCCAGUACCAGCUACAUCCGUAGUCUGUCUGGGCUCAAUGUUAGCAUGGAUAUCUCCACUUUUGUUGGUUUGGAUUCAACUGUCGUCCAGGAUCUUAAUGUGAGUGAAGUGUCUGGACUCCUCGGCUCCAACCUAAAUGACAUGAAAACCUUUGAGAAUAACACUGUAGUGAAGAACUGGGUCUCAAAGCAGUUACAGUCUGAGCUUGACAAGCUGGGUAUCGGUCUGACCGGAGGAAGGGUGGUACCAACGAAUGGAACAGAUUCAAACACCACCCCCAUCACACCAGCAGUGACGAUGACAACUACUGCCACCACCAUCAUCAAAACAACUUCCGGCCAGAGCAGAGGCACAUAUCCAGCUCCUCUGCUUUUCCUGUUUGGUAUCUUGUUCAUUGCAGUGCAAAUGUAGAUUCUAACAUUGCAAUAGAAGCAUUAUAAUUUAGACCAGGUUACAUAAUUAUCAUAUCACGGUCAUAAUAUUAAAUCUAUUUUUGGAAUCUAUUUUUAAAGAAGACAUUAAAGCUGACAUUAUCUUUGACAGCCAAAUGAGUGCAAUAUGCAAUAAAUAUGCCAUAUAAUAUGCAAUGUUUUAUCAACUCCAUUGCUCCAAUUGUAUUUUCUAUUGGUUAAUCAUUAAUAUUCAUAUCACUACUGUAGGUUAUUUAUCAACUAUUUAAUCUUUUUUUUUUAUAAUGAUUUUUGUUUAUUUCAUUUUGUAUAUUGGGGAUGGGAAAGAAAUACAAAUUAA